AGAAAAAGUCUGCAUUUCGCCCCCUUUCGCUGAUCGCUGGGGCCUCACAAUCAAUCGGCUACUCCCCUCUCACGCGGCAGCGACCCCGGAGGCGACGUCGGCGGCAACGGCCGGCUUCUCGCCGCAAUGGCAUCAUCUUCGGACCCAUGGAUGAAAGAGUACACUGAAGCAUCUAAGCUUGUUGAUGAUAUAAGUUCCAUGAUUGCCGAUAGAAGUUCUCUUCCACAAUCAGGCCCCGAAAUUAUGCGCCACACAUCAGCCAUUCGGAGAAAAAUAACUAUUCUUGGCACUAGACUGGACAGCUUGGUGACAUUGUUGUCCAGGAUUCCGCCAAAGUCACUCACUGACAAAGAGAUGCAUAAGCGCCAAGAUGCGCUUUCCAACUUGAAAUCCAAAGCAAAACAGAUGGGGACAAGUUUCAACGUGUCAAACUUUGCCAACAGGGAGGAUUUGCUUGGUCAGAGUAAGAAAGCAGCUGAUGAUAUGAGCAGAGUUGCUGGGUUAGACAACCAAGGGAUUGUUGGCCUUCAGAGGCAAGUUAUGAGAGAACAAGAUGAGGGUCUCGAAAGGCUGGAGGAGACAGUCCUGAGCACAAAACAUAUUGCAUUAGCAGUGAAUGAAGAACUUACUCUGCAUACACGAUUGAUUGAUGACUUGGAAGAUCAUGUCGACGUUACAAACUCCCGUCUUCAGCGUGUGCAAAAGCGGCUUGCAAUUCUGAACAAGCGCGCCAAAGGUGGCUGCUCAUGCAUGUGCCUAAUGCUCUCUGUUGCCGCCAUAGUGCUGCUCGCGGUUAUUGUUUGGCUUCUCAUCAAGUACCUGUAAAGAAGCGUCCUCGCAACCGUUGUUCAAUGCAACGCUUGUUUGACGCCCUGUUGAAGUGUGCAGUCUCUUUAAAGAUAUAUACGAUGGUUUGCGUAGCGGUCCUUUUUACAGUUUUGGAACGGUUGUAUCAACAUGUACAAGGUAUGAGGCUCUGGCAUCUGCCCAGAAAUAUCUGUGUGUGGACAUUUGUGGCCUUUGUAAGUCUGGAGGGAGAAAUAUGUACAUUUUGUGUGAGGGUUUAUGUGCUUUA